AUGGAUAUCCAAUCAACCAUACACGACUUAGCAAUAGAGGAAGUCGACGCAAACGGAGAUACCAUUCUCAUCCUAUCCAUGAAGGAUCCCCGUCAGCUUUUCCACUGUUCUUCGCAAGCCCUCAUUGCGACCUGUGACCAUUUCCGGGAGAAGCUCGCUCCAGGUCAACAGCCUCACAAGGAGCUUACACAGAAUGGAAAGGUUUACCUCACCAUUCCCGAUUUCGAGGCAGAUUGUGUCUUGACGAUUCUCCACAUCAUCCAUAAUCCAUCCACGCGUCUCCCAGAGCCACUACAUCCACUCCGUCAAUCGUGGCUGGUCGCCCGAUUCAACAUCUAUCUCAAAUGCCAACGGGAUGCGCAGCUUGGGGCCGACUUCAUUGCAGCUUGGAAGGAAAAAGCGAUGAACACCAAAUUUCACCUAUCUAACACCCCCAAAUGGAUGCUGAUCUCCUAUACCUUCCGCCAAGAGGCCGUUUUUCGACACACCACGGCACUGGCCCAGCAAUAUGGAGCUGGGGUCUUCAAGGCAGCUGGGCUAUCCAUUCCAAAGGAAGUGGGUAGUAAGCAAUCAUUCCAAACUAUUUUAAAUUGUCUCUAG